AUGGGGAACAUCAACACGCACCUGCAACGCCGCUCACGACUCUUCCUGGCGCUGUUGAUCGUGUACCUGGGCCGCAAGGCUCUCGGACGCUUUAUCCUCUCGUUUCUCCUGCGUUGGCGCUCCGGCGAGACACCACGAUUAGUGCACCGAGCCACGGACGGCAACAAGAAGCUGCUGUCACAUUGUCCUUCCAUCACGAAAAGCAAGUAUUACCCGCCAUGGCGUCUAUUUAACGGACACCUUCAGACUGUGCGCUUCGCCUACGAUGAACGUGGACCCGAAAUCAACUAUAAGCGUCAGUUGCUGAAGCUACCCGACGGUGGUGUCGCGUCUUUGGAUUGGGCGCUUUUGCAUGACCAAAACGUACCCAAUACAGCGACGGAUCUCAACGCAUCCGCUUCAUCUUCGUGGCUGCCGGACGUGGAGUCCACGCGGCGUACAGUGAUCGUGUUGCCAGGACUCACUGGCGGUAGUCCAGAGAACUACAUUCGCACUACAAUUGCGAAGUUGCAUAAGUUGGGUUGGCAGUGUGUGGUGCUGAACGCCAGAGGAUGUGCCAACACCCCAGUGACCACAGCGCAACUCUUUUGCAGCGCGUACACUGGUGACCUCCGCUACGUGCUGCAACAACUGAGUGAAAAAUAUCAUUUCGCACAAGAAGCUUUCGUGGCAGCUGGAUUUUCUAUGGGAGCCAAUGUGCUGGUCAAAUAUUUGGGUGAAGAUGGAGACCAAACGCCGUUAACAGGCGCCGUCUCGGUCGGAAAUCCCUUCGACUUGACGAUCUGCUCGGCCAACUUCGGUGGUUCGCUGCUCAACCGCUUGACGUAUGACAAAGCACUCAACAGCAACCUUCGCGAGCUCUUCUUCGUCCAGUGCGAUGCCGCGAAACAAUUUGAGAAUUACCCAGGCGUGGACUUAGAGGCGAUCAAGGCGACGCGCACAGUGCGAGACUUUGACGACACACUUACCAAGCAUGUUUUCCACUACGACACGGUGGACGACUACUACAGCGACGCGGGGUCAGUCAAGAAGCUGGGAGGAGUGCGAGUGCCGUUGCUAUGCAUUAAUGCGGAAGAUGACCCCAUCAGUAUCAGCGCCGCUCUACCCAAGGACCACGAAGUGGAAGCCAACCCUAACAUCAUUCUGUGCACAACCAAGUCGGGUGGUCAUUUGGCAUUCUACGAGAGUUCCCUCAAGCAACAAAACAAGGAAGACUGUAAAAACGUAGCCAACAUGUGGACCGUGAACCCCAUCGCCGAGUUCGCGGAGGCUGUGCGGCUAAACAAGGUCGAAGCUGUUGCCUAA